AUGGGGAAAGUACUUAAGUCUCGCUGUUUUUUUACUGAUUGGCUACGUAGUGUAGCUUGUGUUCUUGUACUAGCUGUUCAUGGGAUGGUUGCGGUGCAAAGAAUCAUACCAACUAAUAAUUUGGAAGAAAAUAUCUCUGAUGGAUUUAUUAUUCAAUUAUUACAUUUUGGAAUGCCUACAUUUUUUUAUUCAUCAGGUAGAGCAAUAUAUUAUUCAAAAUUAGACCUGUCAGUAACUUAUAGCUACAGGAAAUUUAUCUUUAGGAAAUUGAGGCGAUUAAUAGUACCUUCAUUCAUUGGUUACUUUACUGUUGUUGCUUUGGCAGCAUAUCUUGGAUCAUCAUGGCGUCCAUGCGCUCCUAAGCCUCCUUUUCUAAAUAUUAUCGAUUUUUAUGUUAAAUAUCUGGCUGAAUUCAAAUGUUCUGGUUUAGAGUGGCUUUGGUUCUUACCAAUGUUAUUCAUUAUAUUAAUGAUUAAUCAGCCAGGUUUCUUAUACUUAAAAAUCACAUAUGAGCAGAUAUUCAAAAAUACUUAUUCAGAUGGUAAAUUAAUUAAUCAAUAUAAACAUUUAAAUAAAUACUGUAAACUUCAUGUUUUAUUAAUUACUUCUUCUGUUUUAAUCUUUUACUUUUUACUUGGAUUUCCUAGUCAACCUAUUUUUUGUUUUAUUAUACCCUAUAUUUUUAUCCCAAUAUUUAUUCAAUUAAAAAGAUAUCCCUUCUUAAGUAAUUUAUUAAAAUAUUCGUUUCUUACUUAUCUACCUAUCUAUAUUGGUUCUGGUUUUAUGGCGUAUAGGCUAGAUAAUAUCAUAAAAACAAUAUUGGAUUUAAAUUUUAAUUCUCAGAAUUACCUUUCAAUAUCACUUGUAUUUGAUAAUGAAAUUCAGUUGAGAGUUAUAUUAGCUAUAAUAUUCUAUAAUUAUUUUUUUAUCGCAGGAUUUCUAGAUAUGUUGCUUGAAGUUGAUAAUGAACAUGAAAGAAGUAAUUGUGUAAAAAACAUAAUACCAGUAAAGUAUUUAAUACUAAUUACUAUGAUUGCUAUCACAUGGCCUAACAACAAAUUAUUAGUUACAUAUCUGUGGGCAUAUCCAUGCUAUUCUGGUGGAUAUACAACACUUCUAUUUGUUCUAGGUACUUGGGUAUGGUUAGAAUUAUUUAGAGUAUUUGGAGAAGAAUUACUUCAAAAAGUAAACUUUUCAUCCAAAAUUCAGUAUCACUUUUCACAAAGUUGUAUAGUUGUUUAUAUUAUUCAUGUAGUAUGGCAAGAAUUUCUAAUUCGUUAUAUAUUUAUUUAUAUAAUUACACCUUCAAGCCCCUAUUCACUAUAUGAUGGAAAGUCCUUAGUAAUAAGAUCUUAUAUUUUCCCUGGUUUAAAUUUCCUUACUACGUGGAUUAUGCUCAUCUGUGGAAGUUUUAUAUUAAGUAUAUUAACAUAUACAAUUUCAGUUAAGUGGAAAAUAAUGAGAACACUAUUUGGAAUAGAUGCAACAAGUCAAAAUAUACAAGGUAAUAAAGCUUCAAUAUUAUCAAAAUAUGUGAUAUCUUCACUUACAGAUCCACAAUUCACACUUGCAAGAACAGUAACGGUAGAUAACAAAUUAGGAAGUUCUUGA